CCCAACACACCAAAUAGCACAUUGAAGCAAAAUUGCUUACUUUUUGAGUAGAAUAUAAAACCUCUUUUUAUAUUUAAAAAAAAUGGGCAAAGUUGCAUUAAUUGUUAUGAUUGCUUGCAUGUUGAUAGAAAGUUCUCAUGCUAAAGCAACCUUAACAUGUGAUCAAACAACCAUAUUUCUGACUCCAUGCAUACCCUAUGCAGUAUUAGGAGGGAGUGUAUCACCCUUAUGUUGCCAAGGUGUUUACUCUAUAAAUGCUGCUUAUAAGAAUGGUGAUGAUAGAAGAGUUGCAUGCCACUGCAUUCAGGAUACGGCUGCCAAAAUCCCUUUGAUUAACUAUACACGUGUUAAUCAAAUUGGUGAGCUAUGUGGAUCUAAAUGUCCCUAUAAAGUUUACCCUAACACUAAUUGCUCUAAGGUGAAGUAAGCAGCGAUUAAGGGUGCAACAUUUGUGACUACUACUAGUAGUGCUGCAAAGAUUAUUGUAUGGCGAUUGGCGAAUAAAGAAAUAUAAGCCUUGUACCAAAAAAUAAAUACAUAUAAGCCUUGUUAUAGAAAAUAAAGUGUACGGAUAGUUACAUCUUAUGUAACGAUCCGAUGAAUUAAUAUCUUGAACAAUGUCUAUCAUCUUUCAUCAAUAAAAAUAUUCCUUUAAUCUCCUGUAAA